AUGCUUAGUACACUUCCGAGAUCUUCACACCUUGGCCCCCUGAGUAUUCAACCAUCACUCCUGAGACUGCCUUCACAGCGCUACCCAGAUUCUCUAAACUCCAGACCCGGCAUCCGGCACAAACCUCGAGCUCGAUCCUUGUCGCUCUGGAGGAAGGUAAAGAAUUGGACUGCAAAAGCUACGAGCAACGCAACAAGUCAUAGAAUCAACCCAAAGUACGCUCUGGUAGUAACCAAUACGUCAACACAUCCGCUGACGGCCAACAUUUACUCUUCCAACUUUGCAUUGAAGGCCGAGGAUGAAAAUCUGACUAGAGAAUCCAAUACUCCACCGGUCUCAAGAUCUGUAUCAUUGGCGAAAGAACUCACCCCGCAACCCAACGAUUCGCUGGCAAUGACCUCCAAGGCUGCCAGUACUUCACGCGGAGGCAAUCACCAUUCCACCAGUCAGAGCUUCAUCGACGCUUAUCUGUCCAGAAGGAAGCGUGACGAGAUCAACAAGUUAAUGGAAAUGCUAGAAGAAUGGAUUGAUUCUCCAGCUUUUGUUUGUCAUGCUCCCGGGGUAGGCGGCUCGACGAAAUCCACAAAUACCAGUCGCGCAAGCUCUUCAUCAAACAGUUCGUCACGCAAUGUCGCUGGCCAGAAACGCUCCCAUCGUCGCGACAGUUUUGAUAGUUCAGAUCCUGGACGGGAUGGGAACGGAGACGACAAGCGAGACAACAAACGGUCCAGAGUAAGCUCCUCACCGGCGCUGAAGCUUGCUUGCCCCUUUUUUAAGAGAGACCCCACCAAAUACUCCAAUCGGCAAGCAUGCACUGGACCAGGUUGGACCUCGCUGGCGAGAUUGAAGGAGCAUAUAUAUCGCGCGCACAAGCAACCUGACAAUAAGUGCAACCGUUGCUGUGAAGCGUUUCAAACCGGUGAGCUACUGGAGGAACACCAAAGAGCAGAUGAGCCUUGUAGAAAAUCAACAGACAACUUUGUGGAUGGCAUCAGUGAAUCACAGUAUCACCAACUACGCAAGAAGCCAGUGGGCACCAAAACAAACGCUGAGAGGUGGGAGGACGUCUAUCGGAUCAUCUUCCCUAAAGCUUCGACGAUACCAUCGCCGUACUACGAGUAUGACGAUGGGAAGCGAACUCCUGAGUAUCGAGAUGAAGACAUAGAGUUCACGGAGUUCAUGAAGAACCAGCUGAUUGAGGGUGUGCGCAAUGAUUUGGAAGAUCAUUUCGACCAGUUCACCGCUGAAACGCGAAAGAGCUUCGUCAACAUCAUCAGGACGCGCUUUUCACAACUCGUUCAGCAAUUCAAGGAGCAGCAUAAACCGCCACAAACUGACAGUUCCAAGGAGGCUGCUCCUGUCAAAGAUCUCCUAUACAACCUUCCUGAAAUACCCGUGUUUGAAGAUUUGGGCAAUGAGUGGAUGCAGGGACUUGAACUUGACAUUUAUCAGGCCGACCCCAAUAAGUGUGAUUUCACUUACUCAUCGGACGUGUCGGACUCGGCAUACUUCUCGAUGGACAGCCCAAGGAGCUCAACCAAAUGCUGA